AUGGGGAUUUUUAAGGGGUUUUGGAUGCCCUCGGUGCGCCUGACCCCCACCACCAUGCUCUACUCGGGGCGCUCGCAGGACGGCAGCCACAUCCUGAAAAGCGCCCGGUACCUGCAGCAGGAGCUGCCCGUGCGCAUCGCCCACCGCAUCCAGGGCUUCCGGAACCUUCCCUUCAUCAUCGGCUGCAACCCCACCAUCCUGCACGUGCACGAGCUGUACAUCCGCGCCUUCCAGAAACUGAGCGACUUCCCCCCGAUCCAGGUGCGCAGUGACGAGUCCCAGUACUGCGCGUUGCUGCGGCAGCUGCUGGAGGAUCACAAGGACGUGGUGACGCUGCUGGCCGAGGGCCUGAGGGAGUGCCGGAGACACAUACAGGACGAGCGGCUGCUGCGGCCGUUCCUGGACAAGACGCUGACGUCGCGCCUGGGCAUGCGGAUGCUGGCGGCGCAUCACCUGGCGCUGCACGAGGACAAGCCGGAUUUCGUCGGCAUCAUCUGCACCCGCCUGUCCCCCAAGAAACUCAUCGAGAAGUGGGUGGACUUCGCCAGGCGUUUAUGCGAGCACCAGUACGGGAACGCCCCCCGGGUGCGCAUCAACGGCCACGUGGCCGCGCGGUUCCCGUUCAUCCCCCUGCCCCUGGACUACGUCCUGCCCGAGCUGCUCAAGAACGCCAUGAGGGCCACCAUGGAGUCGCACCUGGACACGCCCUACAACGUCCCCGACAUCGUGGUGACAAUCGCCAACAACGACAUCGACCUCGUCAUCCGGAUCUCGGACCGGGGCGGUGGCAUUCCCCACGAGCUGCUGGACAAGGUCACCGAGUACCACUUCAGCACGGCCGAGGCGAGCGCGCAGGACCCGCGCCUGGGGGGGCCCUUCCGCACCCUGAUGGACGCCAGCGGCCAGCCCGGGCCCAUGCACGGGUUCGGCUUCGGGCUGCCGACGUCGCGCGCCUACGCCGAGUACCUGGGCGGGUCGCUGGUGCUGCAGUCGCUGCAGGGCGUCGGCACCGACGUCUACCUGAGGCUGCGGCACAUCGACGGCAAGGCCGAGAGCUUCCGCAUCUAGGGGGGCUUCGGGGGGCACCCCCGAGGUGGACGGAGCUCCUCGGGGUCCUGGGGAACCCCCAGAGGCGGGAUCCGGAUGGGGAACGGCGGAGAACCUUCCAAAGGUUGGACUUUGGGGUGUGGAACCCCCGAAAAGUUGGGGUUUGAGGUCAUUGAAAUCAUGGAGAACUCUUAAAAGGUGGGGAGAACCUUCCAGAGUUGGGUUUGGUCAUUGAAACCAAGGAGAACCUUCAAAAGUUGGACUUUGGGGUCAUUAAAAUUGUGGAGAAUCCUCCAAAGUUGGGUUUGGUCAUUGAAACCAAGGAGAACCCUCAAAAGUUGGACUUUGGGGUCAUUAAAGUCAUGGAGAACCUUCAAAAGUUGGGUUUGGUCACUAAAACCAAGGAGAACCUUCCAAAGUUGGACUUUGGGGUCAUUAAAGUCAUGGAGAACCUUCCAAAGCUGGGUUUGGUCAUUGAAACCAUGGAGAACCCUCAAAGUUGGGCUUUGUGGUCAUUAAAAAUGUGGAGAACCUUCAAAAGUUGGGUUUGGUCAUUAAAGUCAUGGAGAACCCUCAAAAGUUGGGGUUUGGGGUCAUUAAGGUCAUGGAGAACCUUCCAAAGCUGGGUUUGGGGUCAUGGAACCCCUGAAGGUUGGAGUUUGGUCAUUAAAGUCAUGGAGAACCCUCCAAAGUUGGGUUUGGUCAUUAAAGCCAUGGAGAACCUUCCAAUGUUGGAAUUUGGGGUCAUGGAACCCCUGAAGGUUGGGGUUUGGUCAUUAAAGUAAUGGAGAACCCUUCAAAGUUGGGUUUGGUCAUCAAGGUCAUGGAGAACCCACCAAAGUUGGGGUUUGGGGUCAUGGAAUCCCUAAAAGUUGGGUUUGGUCAUCAAAGUCAUGGAGAACCUUCCAAAGGUUGGACUUUGGGGUGUGGAACCCCCGAAAAGUUGGGGUUUGAGGUCAUUGAAAUCAUGGAGAACUCUUAAAAGGUGGGGAGAACCUUCCAGAGUUGGGUUUGGUCAUUAAAGCCAUGGAGAACCCUCCAAAGUUGGGUUUGGUCAUUGAAACCAAGGAGAACCUUCAAAAGUUGGAGUUUGGGGUCAUUAAAGUCGUGGAGAACCUUCCAAGGUUGGGUUUGGUCAUGGGAACCAUGGAGAACCUUUCAAGGUUGGACUUUGGGGUCAUUAAAAUUGUGGAGAACCUUCCAAAGUUGGGUUUGGGGUCAUGGAAUCCCUAAAAGUUGGGGUUUGGUCAUCAAGGUCAUGGAGAACCCUCAAAAGUUGGGUUUGGUCGGUAAAAUCAAGGAGAACCUUCAAAAGUUGGACUUUGGGGUCAUUAAAAUUGUGGAGAACCUUCAAAAGUUGGAUUUGGUCAUCAAGGUCAUGGAGAACCCUCAAAAGCUGGGUUUGGUCACUAAAACCAAGGAGAACCUUCAAAAGUUGCGUUUGGGGUCAUUAAAGACAUGGAGAACCUUCCAAUGUUGGACUUUGGGGUCAUUAAAGUCGUGGAGAACCUUCCAAAGUUGGGUUUGGUCAUUAAAGUCAUGGAGAACCUUCCAAAGUUGGGGUUUGGGGUCAUGGAAUCCCUAAAAGUUGGGUUUGGUCAUCAAAGUCAUGGAGAACCUUCAAAGGUUGGGUUUGGGGUGUGGAACCCCCGAAAAGUUGGGGUUUGAGGUCAUUGAAAUCAUGGAGAACUCUUAAAAGGUGGGGAGAACCUUCCAGAGUUGGGUUUGGUCAUUAAAGCCAUGGAGAACCCUCCAAA